UGUGCAGCACGGUCACGCUGAUCAACAAUAUCUCCGACACGUCAGAUUAUAUUCUUAAGAAUAUUUGUUUUUUGUUGGGAUAUUUGCACAGUUGUCGGCUUGCAUUGGACAAGACUGGGAAGUACACGCCAGAAGCACACACUUGGAGCCAUGGCGCAGAACGUGGCCCUGCUGGGAUUGGCUCUGAUUGCGAUUUCCGCCUUGAUCUCCACGGUUGUCGCCUUGCCCGUUUCGCAGAAAAAGAAGGACGAUCACAAGGAGGCGGAGUCCUCCACUCCGGCCACCGCCGACGUGGAAACGGCCCUGGAGUACGAGCGCUAUCUUCGGGAGGUGGUCGAGGCCCUCGAGGCCGAUCCCGAGUUCAGGAAGAAGCUGGACAAAGCGCCGGAGGCCGACAUUCGGAGUGGCAAGAUCGCACAGGAACUGGACUACGUGAAUCACCAUGUUCGCACCAAGCUGGACGAGAUCAAGCGUCGCGAAGUUGAGCGUCUGCGAGAACUGGCCAACCAGGCCUACGAGCUAUCCAACGACAUUGACCGGAAGCACCUGAAGGUGUCGCAGCAUCUAGACCACGACAACGAGCAUACCUUCGAGAUCGAGGAUCUGCGCAAGCUGAUCCAGAAGACUUCGGACGACCUGGCCGAGGCGGAUCGCAAGCGGCGGGGCGAGUUUAAGGAGUACGAAAUGCAGAAGGAAUUCGAGCGCGAGGCACAGAAAAAGGAAAUGGACGAGGAGUCGCGCAAGAAGUUUGAAGCCGAGGUCAAGGAGAAAGAGCAGAAACACAAUAACCACGAGAAACUCCAUCACCCGGGAAACAAGGCCCAACUGGAGGAUGUGUGGGAGAAACAGGACCACAUGGACAAGAACGACUUCGAGCCAAAGACCUUCUUCUCAAUUCACGAUGUCGACAGCAAUGGUUAUUGGGACGAGGCGGAAGUUAAGGCCCUGUUUGUCAAGGAACUGGACAAAGUCUACCAGAGCGACCUGCCCGAGGACGACAUGAGGGAGCGGGCCGAGGAGAUGGAGCGCAUGCGCGAGCACUACUUCCAGGAGACUGACAGCAACCACGAUGGCCUGAUCAGCAUCGAGGAGUUCAUGAUGCAGACCACCAAGGAGGAGUUCCAAAAGGACCCCGAGUGGGAGACGAUCGACCGCCAGCCGCAGUACACCCACGAGGAGUAUCUGGAGUACGAGCGCCGACGCCAAGAGGAGGUCCAGCGAAUGAUUGCUGCCGGCCAGCUGCCGCCGCAUCCGAACAUGCCGCAGGGAUACUACGCUGCUCCACCACCUGGAGGCGUAGCCUACCAGCAGGCGCCACCGGCAGGCGGACAACUGCACUACCAGCAACCUGACCAGGUACAUGCACAGCAGCAACAGCAGUACGCACAGCAGCAACAGCAGUACGCCCAGCAAUACCAGCAGCAGCAAUAUGGAAACGGACAGCAACCGGUGCAGCUGCAUCCUAAUCAGGUCUAUCAGCACGCAGGACAGAUUCCGCCGCAACAACAGCCUGCUUAUCAACAGCAGCCCGUCUAUCACCAGCCUGUGCAACAGCAGCAGCAACACCAACCCGUGCAACAGCAACAACAGCCUGUGCAACAGCAGCCCUUGCAACAGCAGCAGCAGCCUGUGCAACAGCAGCAGCAGCCCGUGCAGCAGCAACAACAGCCUGUGCAACAGCAACAGCAGCAAACCGCGCAACAUCAGCCCGUUCAACAGCAACAAGUUCAUAAUCAGAGUCCUCCACCAGCUCAAAAUCAACAGCUGCCAGUGCAGCAGCAACAAAAACAACAUCAGGAAACAGCCAACCAGCAACACUAAACAUUCCUUGGCUGAAGCAUUUCAUUUAGGCCAUGUAAGGCAAAACAAACUCUUUUGUUAACGAGAACACAAUGUGAUUGGACUGAAAUAGCUAACUAAAAUGAAUAUAUCUCACUCGAAACGGUUAACGCAUUCUCUUUUAAAUUUGUAUACUUCGAUCUUUUUGUACUUUUUUCUCUCAUACCGUAGUUCUGCAUUUACGCAAUGUAUUUUUUUAACGAAUUUUUUGUACAUAUGAGUUUAUGCCAAAACAUCAGAUACAUAAUAAAUGCAGUGAAACGAAAAA